AUGCCGCCGCGAGGCCAGGAGUCCGCACCGUUCUUCAGUGCGCCGCAGCCGAGCGAGCCGCUGGUGCAGGGCAAGAGGCUGGACGGCCGAGGUCCCGCGGAGUUCCGCAAUAUACACCUGAGGGCAGGCGUGGUGGGCAAGGCGCAGGGCUCCUGCUACGGCGAGCUCGGCACGACGAAGGUGAUGGUGGGCGUGUACGGUCCGAAGCAAGCGUCGCGCGCCCAGGGGUACAGCGAGCGCGCGGCGCUCAACUGCGAGGUGAAGUACGCGGCGUUUGCCACGCGCACGCGAGCCCCCGCGGGCCUGGCGGAGGAAGAGCAGGACGCGUCGCUGCAGCUGCGCAGGACGCUCGAGAGCGCGCUGAUGCUGCACUUGUACCCGAAGACCAGCAUCGACGUGUUCGUGACCGUGAUCGAGUCCGGCGGCAGCGACGCGGCGCUCAUCACGGCCGCCGCGUCGAUGGCAGUGGCGCAUGCCGGGAUUGCGAUGGCGGACCUGCUGCCGUCGUGCUGCGUCGUCCGGUUGGGACAGCAGCUGCUGAUGGACCCCACGGACGUCGAGGAGGCGGCGUGCGACGGUCAGAUGAUGGUCACGAUGACGGCGCGCCGCGGGGAGGUGUCUCAGAUGGUGUCAAGGGGGGAGUGGCCAGGAGACACCUCCCAGGCAGCGCUGCAGCUCGCGGCCGAGGGCUGCGCGGCGCUGGACGAGCUGAUGAGAGAGACGCUGCGGGAGGCGCUCGAGGCGUGA